AUAUUUUUUUUUUUUUUUAUAUAUUUUCAAUAUAACUCUAUGUAUUAUGCGCGCAAAUUCUCGCUUUUGAAAAAUUUCAGAAAAGUGAAGUUACACACGCAUGAUCAUAUCAUUUCUUGUAUAUUCUAUAUUCAUCAAAACACGUAAUUGACUAUCUCCAUUCGUUAGGGUUAUUCAAAUCAACCCUACAAGAUGUUGCACCAACCAAAAAAAUAGGAAUUCCCUCGCCGAAAAAAUGAAUGUCCAGAAAAAAAUCUUUAAUCUCUCACAACUUCGCACGAAGUUCGCAACAAAAAGUUUAUAAACAGCCAUUAACACAACAGAUCGAAACAAAUUGGUUUUUCCUUCCAAGGAUGACUAAUAACGAUAAUGCGAGCAUCACUGAGAAAAAUAUAAAGAUCUUUAUUAGAAUUUUCCCUUUCGAGAGAUUCUGUGAAUCGUGCGCAAAAAUCGACAUGAAUCGCAAGAAGAUUUUCAUACGAUAUCUACAAGAAAUGCAACCCAAUAGAAUAGCUAUACCAAAAAAACCAUCUUACUGGUGUUUUCAAGCGGAUGAAAUUUUUUAUAACAGUUCACAAGAAGAAGUGUACCGUGUCACAACCGAGGAUCUUGUAUCAAAAUGGUGUGAAUUGUAUUUUAAUGGGCUACGGACAAACAGGUUCUGGGAAGAGCUUUACUAUGAGCGGUCUCCGAAACAACUGGGAAGUACGAUUAUGCGGAAUAUAUUUUCAAUUUUAAGUUUUUAUAUUGCAAAGACAGCGAUUACAUCCUUUUUCUCAGCACAGAGGCCUGGUCCCGCGACUUUUGACCCAAAUGUUUGCUGAAAAGGCGAAAAGAAAAAAAGCCAACAAAAUAGAAUACUGUAUAAGCUUCAUUGAGAUUUAUGGAAAAGAAACGAAAGAUUUGUUACUCUCUACGGAUAAUAACAAAGUCAAGAUAAACGAGCGAGAACCGUUCAAGGUAUUAAAAGAUAUAAGAUAUUAAAAAGAGAAAGAAAAGAUUAAGGAAGGAUAUUCGAUGAGUAUUUCUCAGUCAGAGAAAUUGUAGGAAAUCUCCAUGAUACCUGUGGAUAAUGAAAAUGAAUGUCUGAAAAAAAUCUUUGAAGGAGAAAUUAGGAGAUCGAUUGCAAUAGGAUCGACUUAUCCAGCCUCUCACUUAUCCAUGUCUGUGAUUACUUUUCAUGUAUCUAAUCUUAGUUUAAUAACAUCAUGGGGUAUUGUAACGACAGCCAAAGUAAUUAUUCGUUAUAUUAUUUGUAUCUCUACGAGUUUUUUAAAGCGUGAAAUUGGAGAUAAUAAGAUUUCGAAUUAAUUGGUUUUGUUCCUCUUUAAUUAAAAAUUUAAUUAACAUGUUAGAUACAUAUUGUGGAAACAGCUGGUACAGGAACAGUAGGAAAGAAUAGUUGUUGGAAAACAGCGACAGAUAUUGGUAUGGCGAAUUUAAUGAAAACUCAGUUGGAGCAAUUCUUUUCACAUAUAGAAAGUCCAGCCACUAUUAAUAUAUCACGCUCCAAUAAUUUGUUCAAGAUUUUAGGAAAUGCUUUUUCAGUUUCAUCUAUAAUUCGGUUAUUAAAAGGAAAUUCAUGAUUGUAUAAUAGAAUUUAAAUUAUUAAAUUUACUAUAAUAUGACUCAUAAUGUAAUUGUAAUAGGUUUAUAUCUCAUAUUCGAAUCACGGAAGAGGAUCUCGACAUCACACUAUCAACUUUACGACUCACCGCAAAAAUUGCAAAGUUAAAACCAAUCAGGAUAAAAAAAGAUAUUAAAUAUGAAACGGAUUUGAUUAUAUAUAAACUUCAGAACGAAGUUAAUGCUUUGAAGAAGGAACUGAUGUUGAACAACUUGAUUUUAAAUCAAGAAGCGCUAAUGAAUAUUUCCAAGUCUCGGAUGGAACAAAUUAACCGGAGUAUUUUUAAUUUUUUAAACGACAAGAUUUCGGACUUCACGCUGUUUAGUAUGUCCCAGGCCCAAGUAUUGUUAAAGUGUAUCAAGGAUUUAUAUAACAGGUUGCAUAAUCUGUGUUAUGUAUAGGAUAGUUUUAGAUUCAAUUUCUAAAUAAAUGAAUCGUUAGAUUAACCGCCAAGGAAGUUGAAGUUGAAAAAUUAAAAGAGACGUAUGAAAAUUUAAUCAAAAUCGUGCCGGAAAGUUCAACAGCAACUUUACUCAAGGUAUUAUUAAUUAAAUAUUACAUUUUUAAUAAAUUAAUAAAUUUAAACCAUUAUAUUUUUAUUUUGAAUAAAAAAAUGCUAGAAAACUCUAUUAUCUACCGAUGAAAUCAAUGACCAGACACAAAUUAAGAGUCCUUUCUUAAAACCUAUUGAUUAUAUGGAAGAAGAUGAAAAAGAAGUAGAAAAAGAAGUUGGAACUUUAAAGAUACUCACGGAAGGUGUAACUAUAGGUCCCUUUAUGAAAGAACCUACUCUUGAUGAAAGUUUAAAACAACCCAAACAUAUAAUGGUGACUAAAAUUAAUAUCGAGAAAAUUGAUAUCCAGAAUAUACAGGCGGUUCGACAAUUGUUUCAUUCUUUCUUAAAAGAGAAUGUAGAAUAUGCAAAAAUUAUGGACAAAUUUGUUAAAAACGAGAAGACUUUUGCUAUAGUUCGACAAAAAUUUAUAGAUACAAUUGAUAGUUAUUUCCAGUCAAAGAGAAGUGUAGAUGAUGCGCGUGAUGAAUUAAACAAAUACCGACAAGUUCGACAAGUUUUAGAAUUAGAAGAUUUAGAAAAAAAAGAUAAUGUAUGUGAAAUUGAAAGAACAAUUGAACAAAAUCUUUUAUGUUACGAAAAAGUGUCAAUUAAUUUAGAAGAAGAGGUUAAUCAGAUACAAAAUGAAAUUAACACGUUAUCAAAUCAACGCGUUGAAAUGAAGUUAAAGCUAGAAUGUGGUUUUCGAAAAUAUUGUAAACAAAAGAAUAUUUUAUUGCAUAGUACUGAAAAAUUGAUGAAAAUAUUGUUGGAAUCUGAAGUAGAUAAUCUGAAAAUGCUUCAAUAUAAGUUCAAUAAGUUUCAACGAAUGAUGUUGCGUAAAACAGAAGAAUUAGAAAGAACAAAAAAAGUACGUUUUGAUAAAGGAAUAUGCAAUAGUGCUAAUACAUAGCUAACGAAAAUAUUA